CUCGACUGACGCAUGCAUGAAGAUACUGAGCUAUUCUCUUGUUGCUAAUUCUACUACGGAGAGUGCACGUGGCCGAUUGAACCGUCGUGGUGUGCACAAUGAGGAAACUGAGGGAUAAGAAGGGGUGUGUAGGGUGGUAGCGGCGGCGGGAGAUUGGUUGUCGUGACAAGCGGGGGUGUGCUACUGACUGGGUGUUUGUGUGGAUUGGGUUGCAUAGAUCUGUACUAGUAGGCAGGCAAGAGGGGCAGAUAUAGAGUAUAGAGGGUGGGAUGUUGUGUUUUGUUGAUUGCAUUUGCGAGCCUUCCGGUGAUCGUUAUGCAGGGUUUCUUCAGGUCCUUGGAGCCUGGACGUUGGAUGUUUUUGUUCUUCGGCCUCGCGUCGCUGUCCCCGAGCCUCAUCGCCCAUUCGACGCUCACUUGUACCACAGCAGCAAUUCUCCAUAUCCCAUCUCCCGUCCACCACUAUACAUAGUACAUAUAGCCGGCCUUUCCGCCGUGUUUUCCCGCGAGGCGAGUCUGGCCCACCACCCGUCACCCUCCUCCCCUGGUUACGCACCACUCCCGCGCCUGGCUGGUUGGGUCGAAUUGUUUUCGUUUUUCAGAUCUGCCCAUACGACGCCAUCAUCCACCAUCACCCAUCACCCAUUUCCUCCUCCUCUCGGCUUCUGGCCUAUCAUCCGACACACCGCCUGCCGCCGCCCACUGAGCAAGUGCGACCAAUCCCGACCGCCUGAUCCGUCAUCCUCAUUUCCACUCUUUCCUCUCUCAACUUGCCUUUUUGAUACCUACCACCAUGAGCGAAACAGGUGGUAACGCGCCCGUUGCACACCAAUCUACCUUUGAUUCCCGUUUGGCAUAUGUACAAUCCAACGUUCCGUUCCCUUCACGCCAAACCUCCUAUCCUGCAUACAACAACAGUUCACUUCCGGCCCACCCAGCAAGCUCCUCGAGCCGCCUUAAUGCAAGACCCGAUCAUUUACAUCAGCCCUCAGCUUCAAGUGCACCGUUACUUCAUAGCGAGGCGAUGACGCAUCCUGGGUGUGUAUUGUGUGGACUUGUGAGGAGCUGUGGAAGUGGAAGUAACCCUUCUUCACCAGUGCUCUCCCCGCAAGACAGCACAACGCCCUUACCCUCUUCGUCGCGGACUCCAUCAUUGGCUACGAGCUUUGCAGACUCUGGUGUGCCCGGGCCGUACCACCACCCAUUUGAGAGGACUCAAAGCCCUGCGCCAGACGGGCGGCGGACAGGGAACAGGGUGGGAGGCAGAGAGAUUGUGUAUCACGAUAAAGACAUUACGGUCUACAAGGCAGAGGGGAAGGAGAGACUUUGUCAAGGUGGUAGACAUAUUAUCAUAGUAGUGAAUGAGCACCUGCAGAGUGUGUACGAAUUUGGCGCAUCCGAUAUACCGCUGUUAAGCCACAUACUCGACACAGCCGCGCAAAUAUUGAAUUCUGUGGCUGCUGCAGGCGACGAUCUGGAAAGCGGCAAGGGAAAAGAAAAGUUGCACGUGGGAUUUGUAGGAAGUAUCAUAAAGGAUCCACAAUCUCCCCAUGCGCAUUUACAUGCCCACGCUUAUCUUACUCCCAUCGACACUAAACUUUCUGGAGCAUCUCUCUGGCGUAGGAACGUGGUAUUUGGCUCCUUAAAUUGGUGGAGUAUUGAGGAUCUACGAGCGGAAAUCAGGGAGGCAACGUCGAAUAACCGAGUCAAGACGGGGUAUGAGUAUCGACAAGCGCCCAUUGACAAGGUACCAGACGCUGGUGCGGCUAUAGCCCCAGCCUACGCCCUCAACCCAACUUAUUCUGACGUGCCCUCACCUGUAUCCCAAUCGAAACAACACGCUUUGCAACAGCAGCAGCCACAGCCGUCAUCCUAUCGACCCCAACCCGGACCAUCGUCCGUGUCCAAGGAUCGACUUUCUCCGCUACCCACCCAUCCGCUUGAAGAGGUCGGCUCGAUAGAAUCUGUCGUCUCUAUGAGCACUGUAACCCCCCAAACGUCCAAUUCCGGCAGAACAUCAAGGGAAGAUAAAGGGAAGGGGAAGGAACAGGAGCAGGCCAUUAGCGAUUGGGAGGAGGUGCAGUAUGGCAGUGAAGGAAGUGAAAGAUUGUCGGACAGAAUUAUUUAACGAACGACAUACGAAGGAGAUGAUGAUACAGCGCGACGUUAAUGACGAGCGUGUUGUUUCUGCCUGGCAUUUAUAUAGCAUACAGCAUGACAAUUAUCAAGUGGAAACGGGCUAUAUCGACUGUAAAGUUAUACGUUAACAAUGCAGCACACGAUGCGGGGCAGGAUGCAUUGGAAUUGGCUCAGG